UUAUUAUAGUAUGUAUAUAACAGUGACUUGUACAACUUUUAUCGAAUCUCAUUCGGUCCUGACAAGUCACGUGGUUUUGUUUAUAAUUUACUUUUGAUUCGAAAUUUGCGAAAAUACUAAUGUAGCACGUGUGGAAACUAUUCGUCAGAAUCUGUAAAAUUUAUCAUUGGAAGCCUUUUAGUUAUGUGUGUAUAUUUAUUGGUAAUGUCGUGAAGGGAUUCGCUCGAAAAUUGUUCAAUUUCACCAACAAAAAUAGGGACAUUUACGACAUUCUAUACCGAUGGAAUAUUUCGAGGACGCGAAAAUACACCAAUGAAUAUACAAAGUUUUCCACGGGGAACGCGGAAAGUAUGGUCGAUACGAUCGAACGCGAGAUUAAUAUGGAACGUAGCUAUGCUACCUGGUUCCAGAAGACGCGUGAUGUCUGUCUAGCAGUCGUGUCCAAUAUGGCGUUUGUAUUGUGAAUUGCAUUAACGUGCAGGUCCUGUUCCUGCCUCCAGUGCAAUUGUUUCUGUGAAUGAAGGGAAUGAGAUAAAUAUAGAAAAUCUGUAGUUAAACAAUGUACAAUGAACUACGGUGGGAAUCUGCCAGAUUGGCACCAAUUUAAUGCCUCACAGACGAACGAGGUUACACCCAACUCUCAAAAUGUGAACUCUGGUCAUUUGGCGUUCAUUCCUGGUGUUAGUCCACCAACAUUGAAUGCGCAUAGUCUUAGCUCUGAUGGUCUCAAUAAGCACCAAACCGAAUCUAACUACAAUUCAAGAAAUUUUCAAUUGUACAACAAUGUCUCGAGUGGUCCAAAUCUUUCAAACAACAGUCCUCUUGCAUCCAUGGUGCAAAUGCAAAACUGCAUUGGCCAUUAUGGUUCUCCAAACACAAGAAAUCCUAUGCUAGAUAACUUAAAUGCUUCUGUGGAUCCAAGAAACACUGUGGUUGGAACUAUAAACAAUGAAAUAGGAUAUAGAAAUAACCAGGUGCCUUUUAAUGGACCUAUUGGUCACUUGAACGGACCAAAUUGUAAUAUAAAUGCAUCGACUGGACCUGCAUCUGGGCCUGGGCCUCGAACUACUUCUGUACCAGGGUCUGGAACUAAUCCUGUAAAUGGAAUUAGGUCUGGCUCUAUAUAUGGAUCCGGUCUUAGACACGGACCUGUAUCUGGGUCAGGUCCAGGACCUGGAAAUAUGGGACCAAGAAAUACUAAUAUUGGUUCAGUACCUCUUGGGAAACCUGGCCCUUCCUCGUUUGUGCCUUGCAAGGGACUGUGCUGUAAUUCAGAUCCUAACAUGAAUUAUCAACAAUGGGAAAAAUUUGGAUCCUACCAAAAUAAUACAUCAUACAGAGAUAAUGUACACCCACCUGGUUAUCAGAUAGAGAACAGGCAUUUUGGAAAUAAUUGUAAUUUUAGGAAGGACAAUCUAGAAGGUAAAGAAACAAUGACACCUGUAAUGUCCAAUGCAUCUGCUGUAGAUCAUAGAAGAAACUUUACAGAUUACAAAUAUCAUAAAGAUCAUUUAACGCAUAGAAACUAUCCAGCAUCUUCAGGGAUGUUUCAUAACUAUCCUGUGCAAAAUUACAAUUAUUCAACCGAACAUCAAAAGUAUCCUUAUCCUGUAAAAGAACAUCCAAAAACGAAUAAUAUGAAUAUGUCGAAUCCAGGAAUGCUUAAACAUCAAGAUCAAAAUUUUAUUGCUCAACAAAAAUUUAAUAAUAAACAGUUUCAAUAUCAAAAUGGGAAUAUGUUACCUAAAGGAGUCCCUACUAUGAAUGUUAAUGGAAACAUGGCUUCAACUUCCCAAAAUCUUUACUUUAAUUCCCAAUAUGCGAGGAACAUUCCAACAGAAAUCGCUCACGAAUGUCAAGAAACCACCGAUAAUGGUGCGGUAAUAAAUAGAAUGCCAGGUACUUAUAUGCAUAAUUCUUCUGCUCAGCAACAAACUAACCAACAUAAAAUUGCAAUGCAAAAAUUUUCAAUUGAAAAUCAUCUUCGGGAAAUGAGCAGAACACCUGGGUAUCAAUCACAUCCAAGAUAUAAAGAAUGUGUUUUGAGGUACAACGAAUUAUUAAAGUUACAACAAUCGACUGGUUACCAAAAUCCUGUUCAACAAACUCCGCGUGUUGCGACGCCAGUCAACACUGCAGUACCACCAAUCAAUUUGCAAUUUGAUCAAAAUGGUAUGUUAAUAAACUCGAAUUUCAUCACAGAUGGUUUUCCUAAAUUGCAACAUGCACCAUCUAUGGAACAACAAUCGGAAGCUAUAGAGAAGCAACAGAAGGAUCAAGCUAUCGCCAUAGCUAAUGAAAAGUGCCAGCAAACACAGCAGCCAGGACAGUUAAUGAUUCCCUCGGAAAUCGAACAUGUUCCUUCCUCGUGUGCAGAGACCUUUCAAAAGCAAAAUCAGUUUCCGAUACACAAGGACUUCAAUCAAAACCAAUUGAAAGUGCAAACUAGCGAGAGUCAUAGGUUUGAUACCUUGAAUACUGAUUCUAGCAACAAAACGAUGAUGCAGCAGAAAGCUUCUAAACAAUUUGCCAACAAGCCUGAUCUCGAUGUUCGACAAUUUUUGGCUAAUUGGGAUGAGACAGAUGAUGAAGAGGGACCGACGUCAAGUUUGCCAGAUACUGUUUUAAGCGAUACCACUCCAGUCGUAGUCGUCAGCUACGAGAACGUUGAUCUUUCAUCAAAAUCACCACAAAGUACAGAAGUCGCCAGAAGGAACAGCUUUGAUUCAAACAAAACGCCAUUGGAUAACGAGAAAGAAGCUGAAGCAAACAUGAUAACAACACAAGAUUGUUUGGCGAUAUCGUAUUCACCGCCAGAAAGCGCGGAAAUUGCCAAAACCACUAAACGGACGAUAGGAGAAGGCGUGGUAAAACCUGGGAGCAUCAUACACUGUAUAAGCAAUGGUCCUGAUGAGAUACCUACGAUACAUAUAGUAGAUAACUUAGAAAUAAGCAACAUUUUAGGAGCGUCCAACGACCAGGUCAUAGAGACUUUAGAAAAGCAAAAGACAAUAUCGUUCUUUCGAGAAACAACUAAUAAUGAAACGGAAGCUACAGUUCUUAAAAGUGCUGAGCAGCACAACAAAAAUGAAACUUGUAUAUUGUCUGCUAAUUACAGUACGUCCCUUGCUAAUGUGAACAAGGUUACAAAUAUUCAGGAUUCUAGGAUUUCUGAAACAAUACAAACGGACACCACAUCGAUAAAUAAUCAACAACUGAGAGUUUUAUCAGCAAAAAGUAAUUUGGAUGUUACCGACAAUCUAGAUUUAAAGAAGCAAAGUAGUUUUGCCAGCGAAGAAUCCCACAAUCCCGAUGACAUAAGCUUACCGGAUCUACCAACGUCUGAGUGUACGCCCAUCUCCACAACUUUGAACACUCCUAUUCAUUCCGAUAGCGAGGAAUCUUCGCAAAAUAUCGAGGAUCUAUCUAUAUCUACUAAUCCGAUAGAAGUAAUGCAAAACAGUCCAGUAAUUAGUUUUACACAAUCUCCAGUAAAAAUGGAACCAUACGGACAAUUGAGCAAUGAAGAUAAACUUAAAAAUAGAUCUCUUGGCACACUAGAAUUGGAAUUCCAGAAAGAAAAUCGUUACAAGAACAGCGCCGCUACGAGUAACCACGAGCAAGAAGUAAUUAUUAGUAAUUUUGAUUUCUCUCCGAGUAACUCUAAAACAAAAUCGGCUGAAAUUGUUAAAGAUAAACAAGUGAAAAAUCUUGAAACCAAUUUAGCAAGGAAAAAAGUGUUCUUGAUAGAUGGCAAAGAAAACGAUAUAAGAGUUUCAGACACAUGCGCUGCUUUAACAUCUAUCGCGUAUGAACUAGAGGUUCAACAAGAGAUAGUAGAAAGUGAAAAGAAUUCUGAAUGUGAAUCUCCUAACUCUGUACACGGAGAAAAACAUAAAGCGAGAAGAUCAACGGAUUCAACGAAAUCUGUUAUUCAAAACAGCGACUCCACAGCAGAUGUAGAUAAUAUCGCGUGUACCGUGAUUUCGACUGCUUCUAAUGCAAAUUUGACAAGUCCUACAGAGUCUGAUGACGAAACGCAAACGUCCAAACAUGAAAGAGCGCUAUCUAAAAGACAGAAAAUAAAAAAUUUGAAUGUAUCUAUUAAUACCAUUAAUCCAACCUUAACGGAAGUUAACUUAAAUGCAAGGAAGAGAAUAAAAGAGUCUGGAGGUUGGGAAGAUAAAUGCAUAGAUAGAAAUGCCGAUAAAUUAAUAAAAGUUCAGAAAAAGAAUGUGGAACAUUUAACGCAAUUAAAGCAUUCCGACAUCAAAAGAUUUGCCGAGGAUGAUUCGAACUCAUCUCAAGGCGACGAACAUUCUGUGUGCCAUAUGACUUCCCAAUCCAAGAAUUAUUCUGUUACUGUGAUAAAAGAUAACGUUAUUUUAAGUGAUCAGAAAUCACGUGGUACCACAGAGGAAAAUAUAAAUAUAUGCUGUGAAAAGUCAUCUGAAUUUCAAUUAAGAACAAACAAUACCAAAGAGCUUUCUGAAGAGAUAGAACUUAAGAAACAUGUUCAUUCUAAAAAUUUUAAGAGGUCUGAAAUAUUAAAUAAAGAUCUGGAAACCAUAGAUGGAGAUGUUAAAUUUACUACGGAUGAAAUAAAUUUGUUGAACGAAUAUAGAAGGAAGAAAGAUAGAUUGUAUCAAGAUAAAAGUAUGGAGGAAAAAUUACAAAAGGUGAAUGAUAAUAUAGGUUAUCAUAAGACCAAUAAAAUGGAAUGUUCGCAACUUAGUCAAAAUAAAGAGCUAUCGGCAGUACGUAAAGUAAGUUUAGAGCAAAACGUGUCUUCUCCGGUAAGUUCUGAGAACUUGGAAAUCCCAGAGGAAACGAAUAGACACACAUAUUCAAAGAGUUUUGUUAAAAACGUUAACUCUGAUUUUGGAAUUCAAGUUGCGAACGUGAACUUGAAAAUUAAAGAUAGCGAGCUUGGGAAAGACUUGAUCUUAGGAGACAAUGGUCAAGAGCAUGUCAAAGAUUCUCUGGAUGGUAUAAAGAUCGAGAUAAACUUUUCGCGUGCAGAACGAAAUUCAAAAGGACAAGAGCAAAACAAACGGCUGUUGUACGAAAAUUUCAGAACAGCAGAUGAUCGAAACGUGUAUGAAAUUGAUAAUUCGCUUUCUUAUCCUGUUGCUAGUUGUUCUAAUAAUGCGUUGGAUUGUCAACAUCGACUGAGUUCUAAAAAACAAGAAACUUCGGAUAAUACGAAAAUAUAUGACACAAUACAUAACAUACCUGAAAAGUCUCUUAUGACAGUAGAUGCUAGCGAAGCAAAUAAAACUGAAAACAAUAUAGCAACAUCAGCUGUAGGUACAAGUGCGAGUAUCACUCUCAACGAACAGAGAAGAAAUUCAUUGAAAGCAGACGAAGAUGCUUUAGUAUCUAUUACAUCCAAAGGAAUGCGGAAUUCGACUUCAGAAAGUCGGGAUCUUAAUAAAUUAUUACACAAUAACGCCUCGUCUAAGGAUUCAUCAAGAUCAGAGAUAAUCGCGGGUACUAAUUAUUCUCUCGAUGUUGAUAUGACUAAGUCAAAGUGUGCAAUAUCUAAUACUGCCAUAGUUGAUGCAAAUAAUAAGAUAUUAAUUAAGGCAAAGAAUAAGUUUGAGGGUGAAGAUAGUUCCAUGAAUGUAAAGGAUGAUCGUAUAGCUAGAAUACAAAAACAAAGUUUUAAUUUAGUAGAAUCUUCUUCGCAGGCAACGAUAGAAGCGUUAAAAAAUGAUGACGAGAAAGAGGCGACCAGCGUGUCCCACAUGCUGAAAAACACGAAAAAGCUACCAGAACUUAAUCUUAUAGAGUUGAGCGCAAAGUCGUUAAGCUCCUUGAACACUUUAGACUUCACUUUCGAUAAGUUAGACUACAAGAAAUGCUCAGAUGUGAAUUUCGAUCGCGUUCAUACAAGUGUGGAAGGGGUUGACGAGAUGGACGAUAAUUAUGUGGGAAAGUGGAAAAAGCCAAAGAUAAAUCACAUUUUUGAAGACUGUGACAUGUUCCAAAGUACCAGCGGGUAUAUAAAUCCUAUUUUUUCAAGCAUAGAUAAACUGGAGAAUUUGCAUACAGUUCCUGUAUACACUACCAAAGACGGAAAGAUAUCUUAUAGCCCUAAUCGAAGAUUCGCGCAUCAGGAAUUGAUGAUGGAAACUCGUAAACGAGAAGGAUGCUCUUCUAUGCGAAAGCCUCACUACACAGACACUUGGAAUAGUUACUACAGUUCGAAGUUUCGCAAGUUGUACAAGAAGAAACGACAUCAUGGUCUCAGCGACAAGAAAAAACACGAGUUUAAAGACACAAAGUGUUUAUAUGAACGCAAGAAGAACUAUGUGGACGACUUUUGUGGGAGGAAUCAUGUUAAGUAUAAGGAAUACGUGCAUAAAAAUAACAAUCCUGUUGAAUGUAAAAUGUACAGUAGCAGUGAUUCUGACGAGGAAAUCAUAGAUCGCAGCAAGUAUCGUAUUGGUGAAAUAAGUAAUUACAAAAAGAAUCAUGUUAUCGAGAAUAAAGCUAUCACGAUUAUUUCUAAAUCGCAUAAGAGAGAAUCAGUUGCAGAUGACUCAGAUUUAAAAAAUAAAAAUAAAGAAAGUACUGCAUUUGAUGUCCAUUCAUCCAAAAGUGAAGACAUACUUUUGGAAGAGAUGCAGUCACUUCAGUCCCGUUCUGAGAAUGAUUUACGUAACAACCUUGCUUCAGAAGAACUUGCUACAGUUAUAUUAAAUCCGAAUUGCGGGGAUGCAAAUGAAAAUAUUAAAUUUAAUGGAAACAAAUCUCCAAUGCCAACUAAAACCCAUGAGUUUACUUCAGAAAGCCUUCGGUUAAACAGAGAUCAAAAUUUAAAUGAUAAAUGUGCUAGUCCAAGUCCUAUUGUAAACGAAAAUACAAAUAUUUCUAGCGACGAUAAAGAAGCUAUAGGUUCCAGAGAUAAAUGUUCAAGUUCAAAGGUUCUGGAAGGAGAAGCUUUAUCGAACGAAAACGAACAAAUGCUUAAUUCAUAUUCUGUUAAAGAAAAAGAAAAUGACGAAGUACAUGUUGAAGAACAAAAUGAAGAAAAUAAUUUAGAGAUAUCAGAGAACCAAACUUCUAUUUUGAAAACCGAAGGUAGUUCUGAAAAUAUAGAUCGUAUUGAAAAUUGUGAAGACUUGGAAACUAAAAAAUCAGAAUCUGAAGUUAAUGAAGCAAAUUGUAUUUCAACAGAUGCAAUCUUAGAUCUGUAUAUAGACGCUGAUAACACGAAUCAACAGAAAUCAGAAGAGUCCAAAAGUACAUCCACUGAAAUAAUAGAAACAUUGUCUAACAAGGAUAUUAGUGAAAUAGAUAAAGAGAAAUUUUUAAGAUCUGAGGAAAGCAUUUUAAUAUGUGAACAAGAGAGUAAUAAAAUAGAAACUUUAAAUGAAGAGCAAAAGAAGCACGAAGAAAGUACAAAUAGAGACAUAAAAGAAAAUAUUGCAUCAUUGGAAUACAGGAAAAAUGAUUCACCAACACGCAGCUCAAAGGCAAAUAUUGAUACUUACAUGAACCAAGAGGAAUUUGAAUCUCGUAUAGUGCAGGUAGAUACAAGUGAUCAACAAAAUUCAGAACAUAUUUUUAUUGAUACAGUUAAUAAUGAUAAAGAUUUAAAUACGAAUUCUGAACAAGGAGACACUGUAGUGAUUGAAAAAUACGAAGAAUUGAUUUGUGUAGAUCUUUCUAAGAAUGCAGUUUAUAUCGAAGAUGACAAUACAAUUGAUAACUCGGCUGUACUUCACAGAGAUGAAGUGAAAGUAGAAGAAAAUUAUUCUAACAAAGUUCAAAGUAAAGAUGAAGAUAAUUUUAAUCAAGAUUCUUCAAUUGAAGAAGAGAUGCCUGUUUUAAGCUUGUACUGCACCAUUAAAGAUUUUUCAGCUAAACGUACUGAAUGUAGGAAAAAUGAAACUGUAGAAAAUGAACAAAAAGAAAACCAAUGUCAGUCGUCAUCUCUUAUAUCUUACAAAAGUUCAAAUGAUUUGCCGGAAAACAAUAUAGAUAUGAAAGCAAUACCAAAGCUUGUCAUAAAGAAAACUGAAACAUUUAGUUCAAAAUCGGAAUGUUCAUUAGACUCUACAGAACCUGGGAAUCCUGCUAAUAGAUACGAUACAAAGUUACUAACCGAUGUACGUCAAAAAAUACCAAAAAUGAUAAUCAUGAAUAGCAGAUCUCGUUCAGUAACCCCUACUAUUGAAAUUUUGGACAGACCUAAAUUUGAAAGAAUACAAGCUAUUUUUCCAGAACAUAACGAUACUAGUAUGGAUGUAGAUAACAGCGAUUCUGAACUGGAUACAUUAAAAUCUAACAAUUAUGCAAGUAAGGUACCGAAAGUGAAAAUAAAAUUGGAAGAUAUAUCGUCCAAGGACUUAAAGUUAUACUUAAAACGAAAAGCCAUUAAACAGAGUGAAUCCAAAAAGGUUAAAAAAAUGAAAACACAGGAGAGUAAGACAUUAACAAUGAAAUAUGAAACAGAAGAUAGUUCGGAAACAGACAGUGUUGAUACUGAUGAUGACGACGACAAAGCACCAAAAUUGAAAUUAAGAAUGCAAGAAGAAGACAAGUCUUUGUCGCCAGAUAGAACCAGAGGAAAAGAUACAAGUAUUUCGAAAACAUCUUUCAAAAGAACUAGAAGAACAAAAGAAGAAAAUGGAAGGCAAUCUGUAAAAUAUGAUAAAACCACAACUAACGAUGAUGAGAUAAGAAAAAAGUAUCCACAGUGCAUUACUGAAAAAAUUCCCAAAGUUAUAAUAAAAAGAACACAAAUUGGAACGGAAUUCAAGUGCGAAAUUAGUAAAAGUAAAAAGACAUUAGCUAUAGAAACAUCGAAAUGGCAACCAAAAGUUAAGCUACAAAGACUGCAAGUUCUGGAUCACAUGGUUAUGGAUUUAAAUCAAUCAAAAGUUAUGUUAAAAAACAAAUCUGCGAUAAAUACAUUAUCUAACAUGUCUGCACAUAUUGCAGAUGAUGUUAAUGAUACAGAUUCAUGUCAUGAUACUUAUGUAAAACUAUGUAGAUCCAGUUCAGCAUCGAAUUUAUCUCGUGCUAAGUGUAAACAGAGAAGAUUGUCUAACCCCGAUUAUAUGAAAGUAGAUACAAAAUUAAUUACUGAUUUUGUUGAUAGUAGUUCAGGGGAAAGUAAAUAUAAAUCACUGAAUAUUAAUGAAGUCAAAGUUGACAGUGAUAGCAAAAAUUUGAAGAGGAAUAGUAAGAAAAGACCACUUUUAAAUAAGAAAAUGGAUCAUGGUCUGAAUGAUGAUAGCGAGAGUGAGACAAAAGACUCAAUUGUAUCUAAAAAUAUAACAGAGAACUCCUUUAAAAAUCUUCUGAUAAAUGAAGACAAUGAUCUAGUGGUUAAGAAAAAGAAAUCUUUCGGUAUUAAGGAAAGUACAUCUUGCAUAGAAGACAGAUUUGUAGAAUCUGGUAUACGUUCGCGUAAUUUUGACGACAUCGACAAUUCCAUAAUUAAAGUUGACUCCUCGGAUGAAAGCCAAACCACUAUAGAACUUUUACCAGCGUCUCCUGAUAGCAGUGAUGACGAGUCAAAGAAUCGUGAAUUCGACAAUACAAAUAAGAUACAUAUAAAUGGCGCAGUACCAACUCAAUUAGAACUGGAAUUAGAACUUAUGGAUAAUAAUGAGAAACAACGUUCGGAUACACUCGUACCGAAAAUUAAUAAAUUAAGCUUUAUGGACAUUGAAAAAUGUGAUCACCCAUCACAUUCCAGGAAAUACACCGACGAAGAAUCGACGAAAACGUAUUUCAGUGAUCUUCAAUAUUCUUCUCAGAGUACCUACAACCAAAACAAGAUGCAAAGACUAGAAAAGAAAUCAAACGAUUAUUUUUACUGCAAUGAUUUAUUAGUUAAGGAAGUAUUAGCUGCUAAAGAAACACUAAAGAAAUGUUUAACUCGAUGUCCAAAUGAAAAUACAGAGAUGACAAUAUCGAGACAUAAAACAGUAGCAGAGAAGAAGCAAGGUUUAAGUUUCAAUUUUAAGGAUCUCGACAAAUCCCAUUGUAAGCCUGAAGAUGUACACGGUAAAAACAUGAAGGUACAUAAAAAAUCUGGAAGCACAGAGGAAACAGAACAGAAAUUUAUUCAUAAAUUGAACAUUGAGAAAAUCGUAGAGACACAUUCCAAAGAAGAUAAAUCACCCUCCACGGGGAAAAAAAUAAAAUCAAACGAUUUACAAGAUGAAACACUUUACUCCGCGGAAUGUCCUACAGCGUCGACAUGUGGAUAUACUAGCGUACCUGAAGCAACUACAAUUUCCUUAAGAGCUACUAAGAAAUUUAGUCAAACUACGACAGACGAAGAAAGUAGCGUACACGAUCCAGAAGACUCCCAAGAUGAAGUAUCCGAGAAAAAAAUGGCUAGUAGUAUUCAAGAUCAGAAGGAUAACGACAGUACAAGUGAAACAAAAGCGAAAGAAGACAAUAUGCCAUUAUUAGUGCCAGAAUUUGCAUUAAAUUUUGAUUCCAGUUCGGACAGAGAUAGUUCGCGAUCUCCACCUGUUAUAACGAACCAAGAAGAGCUUGAAAACGCGGCACAAGGUAUAAAAGAUACGAAGAGUAAAAUAAUAAGUCCAAUUGAGAAAAUCGAGGAGGAUGAGAAACAUUCCUUCAAAGACUGUGAAAUGACUAUUGCUGAUAUUAUAACGCAAUUAGCUUACCAUGAAAAGGCAACAAUAAAGCAUAGAAGAUACUGCAAUUUAUGCGAGAGAUGGUUCCCUACAACAUCACGACAUCUACGGCAUUUAGCUGGAUAUCAACACCGUUAUAUGGAAUUGACACAGCGCAAAAGCAUUCAUGCACUUUUCAUUCUAUUCACUGGUAAACCCUGUCCCAGGCUCCUCCCAGCGACUGUCAUUCGCAAAGAUUGUUCCAUAGGGGAAUUAACGCCUUUACAAAUCGCUGUUCAGGAUAUUGCAAACUAUGUGGAACACACCCAACAGGAAUUUAAAACAAAAGAGUGAUAGCACUGGUCACUACAAAUUAUUUUGGCUACGUAUGUAUGUUUCCUGUGAUCGCUUAUAGUGGAACAAAUAAUGUGAGUACCUUUAAAAAUAAAGUACUGUAAAGGAGAAAAAGUGAAGAAAUCUGUGACACUAUCAAUCUCAGUUGAAUUAUAUAUGUUCAUUAUAUAAUUACUACUAUUAAUAAUAACACUACCUUUGUACAAUUACAAAGUAAAAUUAACAUCCAUGAACUUUGCAGAAAUGCGUUGUUGAUCGAUGUUAAUUGUUAAAAGUUACUUGAAAAAAAAUUAUUUUGAGUAGUUAGGUAUUUAGCCAAAGAUUUUAGCUACAAAUUACAUGUUAGAUUAUUUAUAGUUUUCGAAGACUGCACAGUCUUUUAUUUGUACAAAUGAAGUUAUGAGUAAUAUAAUAAAUGAAUGUGCUCGUUAUAAAUUUUUAUUUAUAUUGUGAAAAGACUUAUAUAUAUAUAUCAUGUAUAAAUAUACAUAUAUAUACACACACAUACACAUAUAUAAAUCUAGAUAUAUAUGUAUAUUUAUUAUUAUUGUUUUAAAACAAGAUAUGUACUCUUGUAACGUUAAACAGACCUAAAAAUAUAUACAGUUAUAUUUGUAUAAAAUUAUAUAUUUUAAGCAGGGGUAGUCAAUGUAAAAGAUAUCUAUAUUGUAUGUUAUAAGAUAAAAUUAAUGAACUAUGAGAUGUUAAAGUUUUGGGAACCGAUGUAACGAGAAUGUGCGCCCAGAAAAUAUUAAGGUACCAUUGCAAACUUCAGAGUAUGUAAAUUUUAUAAAAAAAAAGAUUAUCUCUAUUGUUGGGAUUCUUAAUCAAAUAUUAUAUAUUACGAGUAUUUAAAUAAUAAUUUGUAGACUUAUUUAUUUCUUUUCAAUAUAUGACUACAGUAACAUCACGUAGCACAACAGUAACAUCUCAUAGUUAGUAGAAAAAUUCACACGUAAUACAGUGAUACCUGUUCACUCCCCCUGUCACAUGUUUAUAUUUUAUUCAAACUAUUUAAACGUGCCUUAUGAGUUACUGUUUACAACUAAUGAAGUUUUUAAUUAUUUUAAAUGUUAUUAAUGUUUUUUCUUAUUAUUAUAUUGAUACAUAUGUCCUGAGAGUAGGAAAAAUCCUUAAAGAGUAAGUUCCUGGAAAUAGAAAGAAAGGAAAUAUAUAUAUAUUUCCUGUUAAGAGGCUAAAUCAGGUGUUAGUACAGGGUUUCAGACUAUAUUGACAAUCGCUUCAUACUUUUCUUUUUCUUGAUUUAUAUUUUAAAGAAUAAAAAAUACAGUGAAAGUCACCUUAUCGAUACGAAAGACGAAGUUCUAUCGUGAAAUUUAACCAAAUAGAAAAAAGAAUAUAUAUAUACAUAUACAUAAGUCUAUUGAUUGUUAUUCCACUUAAUAUUUUGUUUCAUAAGUUUGUUUCAACUAUUUAAUAUUUUAUUCGCACGAGUGCCUUAAGAUACACCUAACAGUAUUUGUUGUAUCGUGUUGUAUAUAAGAUUAAAUGAAACUAUAUAUUUUAUGCGCAUUCUUAUGCGUAUUUCUAAUGUUCUUAUACGUAAUGUACGUAACGUAUGUUACAAUUAUGAGAACAUACAUAUAUAAUAAAGAAUGUACAGUUGUUUAAAGGAUAUAAGUUAAGAUAUCUUUUUGUAAGUUUUUGGAUAAAAUUUAUGUUACUUGGAUAUCUUUUAAUGAAAUUUUAAUAUAAAGGCCACUCUCGUAGAUAUGUUCCUUGGACAUUCACAUAUUUAUAAAGUAGCUGAUUAAUUAUGUAUAGUGAGAUAAAUGCUCUCAUAAUUGAAGCAUUAUUAUGCACGAGUUUUAUAAUAUCAAUGUGUGUUCUAUGUGCCUAAAUUUUAAGGAAUUUAUAUACAUUGAAGUUCAAGUAUGCAUAAUACUACUUAUGCACGUUUAACAUAAUAAAAUAUACAUCACAUGUACAUUCCGUAGAGAAACAAAUAUGAAAGUUUUUUAUAAAUAUUCAUAAUUAUGUGAUGAAGAAUUGCAUCUUUUUUGGCGACAUGUGUGCUGUGUCUUAAAAUAAACCUAAGAAUCUUUAAAUAGCUUAGUUAUGGAUAGACGAUAUCCAUGUGAAACAAAUGCAACAAAAUUGUAAAUGUGACAUUUUUGAUCGAACAUUAUCAUAAUCGACAAAUUUAACAAACCAGGAUAUUCUCGAGAAAUCAAACUAUAUUUAACAUGUACUUCGAUUAGAUAAAAAAUGGAUUAUUAGUGAAUUCACUUGUUGACUUCCAUUAAUAUAAAUUAAUAUAAGGUUGCACUGAUUUAAAUAAUUCCAGUUAAAAGAAUUUAUAUUAAUAAAUUAAAAAAGAAUAAUUUUAUUUCUUGAUAUAAUUAUAUUAUUAUUGAAUUUCGAGAUCAAAUUUUCUGUGCAAAUUACGAGUUAUAAAUUAUAAUUUGUAAUAUUUUGUUUUUUUCUUAAAUUUAGAAAUUUAAGUGAGACAAAUUUGUAUAGUGACAAAAAGUGCAAUUGUAUAAUUUAGCAAUGUUUACAAUUAAUCAUUCCGUCAAACAUAUUAAUUUUUUAAAUAAUCGUUAACUAUGCAAUUUUUGAAAUCGAGCAGGUGGAUGAUAUUAGUGUUUUCCAAGUAGAAAGGAUUACAAUCAUAAGAGUCACCAGAAAAAAUUUUUUAAUGUAAACAAAUGCGGAUUACUUGAACAUUGCUUUCUGUUAAUACAUCUAAAUCUCUAAUCUUCUUAGAGGGUCGCCUUCCAGAGUUUGGGAAGCACUGGUUUAUACAGUUAUGCUAGUUUUAUACACUGCGUGUGUUUAAUAUGUAAUAAACGUGUGACAUAUACUACACUAAGCGGCAAGAGUGUUUUAGAUUUGUAACAUUUUUUUUUUCAAUGUUACUAGCUCUAAUGAAUUAAUUUAAUGUUAAAUAAGAAUUGCCCUAAAUUUUAAACAAUUUAUGAAUAUGACAACAUUAAUCAUGAUAUGCAUUAACAAUAAAAUUGAAUAAUUACUUAAAUUUGUGGCGAAAAUAUCUUUGUAAAAACAUUGUAAUUCAAAUUUCGAUUACAACCAACAAAUUGCCAAAUGUUCCCAGGAACGUUAUGUAAAUGUUACAUAUCUAAACACAGAACCAUUCCAUAAAUAAGAAUAAGAAAUUUUAUUGGUAGACAUAAGGAUUGUAUGAAUCAAUAGAAUAUUUUCUGUUAUUGUACUUAGGCUACAAAAGUGUAUACAAAACUCUAGUUGAUACAUUAAAAAAAAAAUAAUAAAUAGUGAAAA